GCGCCCUGAGUGACGUCAGGAGCAGAGGCCGGAGCUGUCCAUCAGCACCAAAGGCCGCCGGCGGGCUCAGGGCAUGGGGCCGCGGCUCUGGGGCAGCCCGAGCCCCUGCUCCUGCUCCUUCUCCUUCCCCGGGCCCGGCCCGAGUCCCCGGACGCCGCGGGACUGGAGUGCCAGCCGGUGUUGGAGGUGGAGUGGCGACGCCGUCGCACAGACACCGGUCUCUCCGGCCCAGCAGCCCCGUUCUCUGCACGGAGGACUUUCCCCGGACCCCAGUCAGUCCAAGCCUCUGGCGUCACGCAAUCCCGGGUUCUCUGGCCCCUGCACAGCCUCUUUUGCUCGGGAGCUCAGGUCGCCUCCACCACAGGGAUGCUUCGAGAGCUGCCCGGUGUGGGCACCAUUCCUUUGUCCACUGUGCCCUUGUUGAGUUCUCCCACUCCCAUUCUUAUCCAGCACUAUGCCAGGCACUAUGGAAACUCUGCGGUUCCAGCUGCUGCCCCCUGAGCCAGAUGAUGCCUUCUGGGGUGCACCUUGUGAACAGCCCCUGGAGCGCAGGUACCAGGCACUUCCGGCCCUCGUCUGCAUCAUGUGCUGUUUGUUUGGAGUCGUCUACUGCUUCUUUGGUUACCGCUGCUUCAAGGCAGUGCUCUUCCUCACUGGGUUGCUGUUUGGCUCAGUGGUCAUCUUCCUCCUGUGCUACCGAGAGCGGGUUCUGGAGACACAGCUGAGUGCUGGGGCAAGUGCAGGCAUUGCACUGAGCAUUGGGCUGCUCUGUGGGCUGGUGGCCAUGCUGGUACGCAGCGUAGGCCUCUUCCUGGUGGGGCUGCUGCUUGGGCUGCUGCUCGCUGCUGCUGCCCUGCUGGGCUCGGCACCCUAUUACCAGCCUGGCUCUGUAUGGGGCCCGCUGGGGCUGUUGCUGGGAGGCGGCCUGCUCUGCGCCCUGCUCACACUGCGCUGGCCCCGUCCACUCACCACCCUGGCCACUGCUGUGACGGGUGCUGCACUCAUCGCCACUGCUGCAGACUAUUUUGCCGAACUGCUACUGCUGGGACGCUAUGUGGUGGAGCGACUGCGGGCCGCCCCUGUGCCUCCCCUCUGCUGGCGGAGCUGGGCCCUGCUGGCACUCUGGCCCCUGCUUAGCCUGAUGGGCGUUCUGGUGCAGUGGAGGGUGACAGCCGAGAGGGACUCCCAUACAGAAGUGGUCAUCAGCCGGCAGCGACGGCGUGUGCAGCUGAUGAGGAUCCGGCAGCAGGAAGAGCGCAAGGAGAAGCGACGGAAAAAGAGACCCCCUCGGGCUCCCCCGAGAGGUCCUCGGGCACCUCCAAGGCCUGGGCCCCCUGAUCCUGCUUAUCGACGCAGGCCAGUGCCCAUCAAACGUUUCAAUGGAGAUGUCCUUUCCCCGAGCUAUAUCCAGAGCUUCCGGGAUCGGCAGACUGGGAGCUCACUGAGCUCCUUUAUGGCCUCACCUACAGACACAGACUAUGAGUAUGGGUCCAGGGGGCCACUGACAGCCUGCUCAGGCCCCCCUGUGAGGGUAUAGCUGUGUUCCUGCUGUCUAGACUGUAGUCGCCAGCUCUGCCAGCAUGAAGAGGCCUGCCAGGCCUGUGGCUUUUGGCUCUCUCUCUCCCCUCCUUGGAGAGGACAGGCCAGCCACCAGAAGGGAGGCUGUGUCUCAGGCUAGCUCUGAGGAGAUGCUCCCAUCUAAACUCUGGAGGGACUUGGGGUGUGAGCCCUACUGGGUUGUGCUCAGGGUUGUGUGUUGCCCAUUUAUAUGUGUGUAUGUGUGUGUGUGCGUGUGUGUGUGUGCAUGUGUGUGUGUGUGUGUGUGUG